CAGACCAGCCCCAUCAGGACAGCAGCAGCAGCCCAUUCGUCCCCUCUAACAGAGGGCGGCCAUCCGAUAAUCUGGCAUCGUGGGGUUUUAGUGUCAAACUGGCCGGUUCCCUGGGCUAUUGGAUGUUGCUAAUAAUAUCCAAACUCAGUGGUUCAAUUGUCACAUAUAUCUGAGCACAGUGAAAUUAUUUUUGCAUCCAGUUCAGUGGCAACUCUACUAUCCAUCAGGUUUCCAUCGAAUGACAAAGAAAGACUCGCGCAAUGGCUUUCAAAUAUGAAAAGGGAGAAAUGGGUUCCAUCCCAGUACCAGUACAUCUGCAGUGAACAUUUUACUCCUGAAAGCUUUGAAUGGAGGUGGGGGACACGAUACUUGAAGGCAGGUGCCAAACCUACAAUUUUUUCUUUUCCGGAGCAGCCUACGCAGAAAAGGAAAGCUGUUGCUCGAUCAAAUGGAAAUAAACGGCAAAAAAAGAGGUUGGAAGCUCAAACCAAUGAAGAAGAACCACUGCAGCAAGAGCAAACUGUUCCAGUCCAGUCUCCUGAUUCAAAAGCACUUACAGUCCUAACCAUGUCAUCAGAAUCGACUUGUUUAACUGAGGUAACUGCAUCUGCAUCAAUAAUUGAGUUUGAUAAGGUUGUCAUGUCCUCUGUGGAUCCUUGUGACAAAUGUAUAUCUGAAACUAUUACACCAUCUACCACAGCUUUAUCAAAUGAGGUAGUGAAUUCCUUUAAUCCACUUCAGAUGAAUAAAGAUGGACCAUCUCAUACUUUACUAGAAGAGCAGUCAGUGUUACCAUUUGAAAAUGUUGCAGCAAUUGAAACUGUGCAACUUGCAUCAACGCUGGCAUCAAUUGAAACCGAAGGAAUUACUGCAAUAAUGCCAUCUGUCAAAACUUUACAGUUUACGCCGAUGCAAACAUGUGAUGAUUCAGAAUCUGAGUUAACAUUAAUAGAAAUAGUAUUACCGGAACAAGACCAACAAAAUGUUGAGACAUUGUCAGCCAUCCAGCAAAACCCUCCAACACCAGAACUUUCAACCAUUGUAACAUCUGCUUUUAAGAAUGUUACUGCUUUAGCUGUAGAUUCAACUUCACAAGUGUUAUCACCCACGAACCUGUCUUCUCAGACAUCUCAAUUACUGACUGCUGCAGCUGAGCCAUUGAAAGCUGUCUCUACUUUUCAAACAGAAGUAACGUUGCCCUCUACACUCAUUAUGCCAAUUAUCUCAACUCCACCAGUUGACCAGAACCACACAGCUACCCCUCCUGCACCAGUUAUUGCAGCGGCAGAAACGGUCUUGACCACACAAAGUGAUACGCAGGAAGUACAAGAUGAACAUUCGUAUCACAAAAACGAUCUCACCAUUGAACAACUUGAAGAGAUUGUUGCUACCCUGCAGAAAAAAGUAAAAGUUAUACAGCAGCGAGAGAGGAGGAAUUCAGCCCGGCUGAAAGCCAUGGAAAAUCUUGUGGACCAACUGAAAAAGGAGAAUGUUAUUUCAGAGGAGAAGUUAAAAAUAAUGGAGAUGACUUGCUCACAGACAAAUGCUCAGGUUAUUAAUCCCUCCAAUACGGUCAUGGUUAUUUGUGAAGACAAUGGCAAUCUGAUUUAUACACUUCAGGAGUCACCAAUUGAAGAUGAUGAUGAUGUUCUUUGAAGAAAGUUUACAGCUUCAAGAAUACCUGCUUACUAAUCACUGCAACAGUUGUUGCAUGUUUGUUUGUUUGUCAUUCAUUCGUGAAAAUGCCUGGUUUUUUUUUUAAUGAAAAGAUUAAAUUAUUUUUUUAUUUCUACCA